UAGCUAAUCAUCGCUAAGAUCAAGGACAACCAGCGCGCGUCUACCAAUGUCAUGUAGCGUAAUUAGCAUUGCCAGUUGGUCUUAACUUUAAGCAUUUGUUUUAUUUCUGAUUGUUGUCAUUCGCUUUCUUGAUCAAAAGAUGUCAUCCAAAGUUCCGGUGCUUUCUGCUGGCGGUCCUUUGAUAUUUCGUCAAUUAUUUGAAAAGGCUUCAUGUACCUACACUUAUUUGCUUGCGGACUCACGUACCAAAGAUGCUGUUCUUAUCGAUCCUGUUUUAGAAACUGUUGAACGAGAUAAAAAACUUAUCUCUCAGUUAAAUCUUAAAUUAGGUCCAAUAAUCAAUACUCACUUACAUGCAGAUCAUGUAACUGGCAGUGGAUUGUUAAAACAAAUUCCUGGAGCUUACAGUGUAUUGUCACAUUAUGAUGGAGCUAGUGUUGAUAAGGAAAUAAGUCAUGGCGAUGUUAUUAAAUUUGGAAGUUUCGAAUUAGAAUGUCGAAGUACACCGGGGCACACAUUAGGUUGUAUGACGCUAGUAUUACAUUCUGCUGGUGUUGCUUUCACUGGUGACGCACUUUUAAUUCGUGGUAGUGGUAGAACUGAUUUUCAAGGUGGGGCUCAGCUGAGACAUUGUACAAUUCAAUCUAUUCACAAAUCUUUAGUCUUCCAGAUGAUUAUAUAUUAUUUCCUGCUCAUGAUUAUUUAGGACACUAUGACUACUGUUGGCGAGGAAAAGGCAAACAAUCCUCGAUUAACGAAAAGUAAAAGUGAAUUUAUUAAACUAAUGAAUGAAUUAAAUCUCCCGCCACCGAAACAAAUUCAACGUGCUAUUCCAUUGAAUUUAAAAUGUGGAUUGAAUGAUGAAUGAUGAUGACCUUCAUUGAUCAUUGAAUAAAACCCCCCUGGUUUCUUUUUCAAUUUAAUAUAUAUAUAUAUUUAUUUAUUUCUACUCAUGUGGGAUUAGAUUAUGUUCCAAAAUUUUUGUAUUUCAUAUUUUCAAUUGUUUUUAAAUUGUCUUGUCUAACUUGAUAUAUAUACACUAAACCUUAUCUAUCACACGAUAUUGUUUUAACUAAUGAGUGUGGGUUUUUUUCAGUAUAUAUUUCUUUCUUUCUGCAUAUCAUCAUGUCUUAUUUGUCAAUAGGAUUGAAUAAAUU